AUGAGACAGAAGCUCAAGCUAUUCUCAGUAUCAAAGGACUGGAUCCCUCAACACUUGACAGACUAUUAUGGGACAGUUGGACAAAUGGAGCCUUCUCAGUAUCCACUACUUAUUCCAAAGGAUAAUCCUAAGGAAGUGAUUCAUUUCAAAGAACAAAUUCCCUGCCCUCAGUAUAUUUCAACAAAUCAGCCUUGCUCUGAACUGGUUCAAGUUAACACUAAGGCUAUUAAAAGUGGGCUAGGACAUCCUAGAACCCAUAGAAGUUUCAAAAGAAGACCACAGGGAUUGCAAUCUCCUUCUGGAGAAUGA